CGCUGGGAAAAGAUGGCAGCUUCCUGUCCCUGAUUAGACCAGUGCCCCACUGUUUGGAAUCGAAACGGUUUUUAUACAGUUGCUAUCUGUUCACACCGCACAUUGCUGGGAUACCUGAAACUGGAAACUGGACUGGAGUGUUAAAAAUGGAGAAGAGUGGAAGCAUUGACAGUCUUGGGUCGAAACAGUCCUCUUCCAGACAGCCAAGUGUGGAUUCGCUGUCCAGUACUUCCACCUCUCGAUCUGACCGAUCGUCGCACGCCAAGGCCCCCUCCGCUUUCUCAUCAGACUCUGUGUCUACUUCCACAGAGUUCUCCCCGGAGCUACGGAGCAGGACUAAAGGAGAUGCCAAGUUCAUUAGGGAUGCUAAUAAACUUGCUCAAGAAGAACCGCAAUUGCUUCCAAAGGAGACUGUUCAGGACACAGCCAAAGAGGUCACUUAUAUCUGCCCCUUUCUUGGUGCCAUCAGAGGGACUGUGACAGUCACCAACUACAGACUAUUCUUCAAAUGCACGGACAGGGACCCGGCCUUUGUCCUGGACAUUCCUCUGGGUGUGAUCAGUCGGGUAGAGAAGAUUGGCGGUGCCUCGAGCCGUGGAGAGGUGUCCUACGGUCUGGUGUGCAAGGAUGUCCGGAAUCUUCGUUUUGCACAUAAACAGCCAGAAGACUCACUUAAAAAGUCCAUAUUUGAGGUUUUGAUGAAAUAUGCAUUCCCUGUCUCCAAUGGCAUGCAAAUAUUUGCCUUUGAAUAUGGGCAGGUUUUCCCAGAGAACGGCUGGAAGGUAUAUGAUGCUCUCUCAGAAUACAAGAGACAGGGCCUACCCAAUGAAAGCUGGAGAAUCACCAAGGUAAAUGACCAGUAUGAGUUGUGUGACACCUACCCUGCCACCCUGGUGGUGCCUGUGAACAUUCCUGAUGAGGAGCUGAAGAGGGUGGCAGCCUUCAGAGCCAAGGGUAGAAUUCCAGUGCUCUCCUGGAUCCACCCAGAGAGCCAGGCCACAGUGACACGCUGCAGCCAGCCCAUGGUGGGCGUCAAUGGCAAACGUAGCAAGGAGGACGAGAAGUACCUGCAGGCCAUCAUGGACGCUAAUGCCCAGUCCCACAAGCUCUUCAUCUUUGAUGCAAGGCCCAGUGUCAAUGCUGCAGCAAACAAGAUGAAAGGGGGUGGGUAUGAGAGCGAGGAUGCAUAUCAGAAUGCAGAACUGGUAUUCCUGGACAUACACAACAUCCAUGUGAUGCGUGAGUCACUGCGAAAGCUGAAGGAAGUGGUGUACCCUAACAUUGAGGAAUCCCAUUGGCUGUCAAACCUGGAGUCCACCCAUUGGUUAGAACACAUAAAGCUGAUCCUGGCGGGGGCGCUGCGUAUCGCAGACAAGGUGGAGUCCGGGAAGACGUCGGCGGUGGUGCACUGCAGCGACGGCUGGGACCGCACGGCACAGCUCACGUCCCUCGCCAUGCUGAUGCUGGACGGCUACUUCCGCACCGUGCGCGGCUUCCAGGUCCUCCUGGAGAAAGAGUGGCUGAGCUUCGGCCAUCGCUUCCAACUGAGGAUUGGCCAUGGGGAUAAGAACCACACGGAUGCGGACCGCUCCCCCAUCUUCGUGCAGUUCAUUGACUGCGUGUGGCAGAUGACCCGGCAGUUCCCGGCAGCCUUUGAAUUCAAUGAGUACUUCUUGAUCACCAUCUUGGACCACCUCUACAGCUGCCUUUUCGGGACCUUCCUGGGUAACAGCGAGCAGCAUAGAGUAAAGGAUGAAUUGCCAAAGAGGACGGUCGCGCUGUGGUCUUACAUAAACAGCCAGCUGGAUGAUUUCACCAACCCCCUGUACGUCAACUACUCCAACCACGUGCUCUUCCCUGUGGUCAGCAUGCGGCACCUGGAGCUCUGGGUGGGGUAUUACAUCCGCUGGAACCCCCGCAUGAGGCCCCAGGAACCCCUGCACCAACGAUACAAGGAGCUGCUAGCCAAGCGGGCGGAGCUACAGAAGAGGGUGGAGGAGCUGCAGCGGGAGGUGACCAAUCGCUCGCUCUCGUCCUCCUCCGAAAGGGCGGGGUCUCCCACGCGCUCCGUCACUCCCGUGCAGACCUUCGUGUGACGGGACAGGGACAGGGGGAGGGGGGGGGCUGGCACCCAGGGGACCUCCUCCGUAAAUUUGCUCUGACAAGUAAGACUGCACCGUUCAGGGUGAAGCCCCUCUGCCUUCCAUCAUGGGGACGGAAAUCCCACCGCUCCGAGAGAGCCUGCGUCCAGAGUGCAAGUCUGAACUCGAGGUUCAUUCACUUAAUGCCACAGAAAGCCUGGCACUGUAGCCUGUAGUUUCACUCCUGAUAGCUCUGUGGAUGUGAGAGGUAAGGCAAAGUCUUUACCCUAAGCUUCAUUACGCAGUUAGUUGUUGUUAUGAUAAUAAUAACAACACCACCCAAUACUUCCAUAUACACUGUCCUCAAUAAUGUUUGGGACAAAGAUUCAUCAUUUAUUUAUUUGCCUCUGUAUUCUGAUUUGAUAUUUGUAAUAGAAAAAAUGCACAUUGUAUAAAAAUUCCCUUUUUCUUAAUUACAUCAGUGUUUAUACAUAGUCCCCCUAUUUAUUAUGGAGAGAAUUCUUCCUUGGCCUACCAGACUUUGCGAUUAGUAUGCUCACUCUCAAUCUUCUUCAUUAUGUUCCGGACAUUUUGGUCAGCCUAAGGUUUGGCCGACUAUUUUAUUCUUGUUUCCAUCUUCAGCCAUCUCCUAAUAACUCCUUUGACUUUCAUUGGCACAACUUUGGUCCCCAUGUUGAUAAACAGCAAUAAUAGUUUCCAAAGAUGAUUGAAAGACUAGAGGAAGGACUAGGUGCUGAGAACUCUUAUAGCUGCGUCAAGGAGGCAAUUCAACACACCAAUUACAAACACUUAUGAAGCCACGUGUCCCAAACAUUAUGGUGCCCGGAAAUGGGGAGACUAUAUAUAAACACCGCUGUAAUUUCUACAUGGUGAAACCAAAAUGUAUAAAAAAUAUGCUUUAAUAAAAUCUGAGUGUCCACAUGUUAAUUGCAUGAUCCCUGAUCUAAAAUUGUGGCAAAUCAGAGGAACAACAAGACAUAAUUGUCCCAAACAUUAUGGAGGGCACUGUAUAUACAUAUAUAUGCAUUGGUAGUAUUACUAAUAUUUAUUCUUCCAUAGUAAUAGUGGAAGCUGGGACUAAAGGCUCAAAGCUGUCAGCCGUGUGUGUGCGUGUGCUUUAUUCUGCAUAUUUAAAGUCAUUUACAGGCCACCACCUCGUCAGGUUGGUUUCAGCUGAAAAGUGCACACAUUUUUCGCCUUUCAGAUGGAUAUUUUCUACUACUGAAAAAUUCCAGAAUAUUUAUCCGUAAUCAAAUAGGAUAGAAUGUUAUGGGACCAUGUUUGUCCUUACCUGUGAGAUGCUUGGAUUUGAGGUUGACACUAUGACACACCGGAAUACAUUUUGUUCCCAUUCCUAUUGAGUUCUGUACCUGCUUUGCCACCGUACAGGUCUGGUGAAGGCAGGUGCUCAUGAAUAUCCAGUUGCACUGAGAGAGUCUACUGCUUGAUCGAUUAUAUUCGCUAGCAGUACAUGAGUAGAAUCUUUGUAAUGGAGAAUCCAUUCUGAAUAGAAAUACAUUCCAGGCCCGACUGCUCAUUAAUAUAUGCAAAUCGAGAUACAGAGGGCAAACGUCAUACAAAUUAUUUGGCAGAAACUGGAAGCAGUACAGUGCAGUAUCUUGCCAGUUAAUACAAUGUCUUUGGCAAACCCCACAGUGCAAUCAGUGGGAAGAUUGGCUGUGUGGCAGGUUCAAAAAUGUCUCAUGGAAAGAGAGGCAUUUUUCCCCACCCACACCACCCUUAUAAGUUGACCGUCGUGGUCUGAGAGAACUACACAAGAAAAUGCUAUUUAGAUGUAAAUGCUCUCAUUGUAGAGUCAUUUUGAAGGAGUCUAAGAUGCAUAGAUUAGCUGUUUUGCACUGAGGAAAUGUAUCAUAAUUAUUAACUAGAAGUUGCAAGCAACUGGGAGCACGGCAAGCAAUAUAAGGAAUUGGCUGCCAUACCAUGUGACCUAUGGUCACCAAUCACACACAGUUCUGUAUAGGUCAGUACAAUGUUAAUAAUAUGAGUCUAACUCAGCUUUUUUAAAUUCAUAGGCUAGGACUAUAUUUGGUAAUGAUGGUAUGUUGCUUAAAAUAAGUGUUUAAAUUGAUUAAAGGACCGAGAGAGAACUAGAAUGAUGCCGAUACACCACUGCCACCAUAAUCAAUGAUACAUUUUGCAGCACUUUUCAUUUUUGUUACCCCCAAAAUGUUGCCUGGCUGCAAUGCUUGUAUUGUAAUAAUGUAGGCCUUUCUCCAAAAUGAUUUAAAAUGUGUAAAUGUGACCCUCACAUUACCAACAUAACUACUUCUGCAAUAGAAAGUGACUUGCUUUUAUGGCUCGGUCAGAAGAACCUUAAGUACUGUAUAAAAAAAAUUUCAGUGUCAGUGUUUACCAUGUCGGGUUUCAUAAAUUGUUUAUAUAAUCUCAGCAUUUAAACUCUAGUCUCAUAUUUAUUAACAGAUAGUAGAGAAGAAAAGUUAUUCUGCAUAUGUUUCAGUAGCCAGAUAUUCAGUCUACCUUACAGUCUCAGUUGAACCAGUAAAAUACAGAUAUGCAGUCAUAGUAUAUUGUACCUAUAACUUACAUUAAGAGUGUGGCAGUAUAACAAAUUAAUAUGGUUUUAAAUGUAUGUUAGAUGGUUAAUCUUAAUGUCAGACUAAAUGUCAAACUAAUCUGACAAUAAUUUUCUACUGUUUUAGAAAGCUACACUUUUACACAGCUACAAGGUUUCCCUCCUCCCUCUCAGACUGAAUAAUAGCCAAGAAUCAUAGGUUUAUUCUUAUUCUGAACUUGCAUACUUGGGAAGGAUUCAUAAACUCUUGUUGCCAUUUCUUGUUUAUCUUUGACUGGAUCCCAGUUGGACAAAAAAGGCCAGAUACGUGUUUUUUUUACCCUUAAUCAGAAUUCAUCAGGGAUGUAUUAAGACUCCUCUGUUUGUCAUCGGAGUUGCCAUCCCUCCAGGUGCCAGGGAAACUUUAUCUGAAUUCCAGCAUUCUUUAUUCCACUUAACAUGUCCAUUCCUAAAUGGUGUUGUUGAAUAGUUAUUUUGUUCAACCGUAUGUCUUAAAUAAAGCCAUUUUGAAAACA